AUGUUCGACUGCAACAGCUUAGCGCUGAUUAACAAUGGGUUUCGCUUUAAGGCGCAACGGGAUCUUCCUGGAUCACAAGCGUUCGCGUUCAUCCACAAAGUCUCAAUACGUCACAUUUGCGCAAGCGCGAUUGUGUUGAAGUUAAUCAUACUCAUUCGUGAUUCUUCAUGCGGUAAUAUGAGUGAACCUCCUCCAGCUUAUGAAGCUUUACAAAAUCCAUACGUUCCAACCGAAACGAAACAACCGGCUACAAAUCCUGAAUUUCCACCAAAUCCAACAUUUCCAGCUGGAAAUUACGCACCACCACCGACAAUGCAGCAUCCUGCAGGAGCACCAGGAUAUGUGCCAGGUCCUGUUCAUACCGUAGUGGUCGGAUCGAUCGCCUUUAAUCAAAAUCCGAUGUCCAUGACAUGUCCUCACUGCCAUCAACAAAUCCUCUCGAAAACUUCGCCAAAAAGUGGAUUACUCACAUGGUUGUUAUGCGGUGGUAUGGCUCUUUUCGGGUGCUGGCUGUGCUGUUGUAUUCCAUUCUGCGUGGAUUCAUGUCAAGAUACUGAACAUCAUUGUCCAAAUUGUGGCAAAUUUCUUGGGACCUAUCGAAGAAUAUGA